AUGCGAUUUUCCACUCGGUUUGUUGUGCUUGGUCUGUUUGCAGCGAUUGCGAGUGCCCAGACGCCUAUUCCCCCGACCGAGACGGCUCCGACUGGGUCUGUUACUCGUACUGUCAGUGAUACUGUUACCACCAGUGGUACUGCACUGCCAUCCAGCUCUGUCAAUGGGACUAUUACUGCGAGUGGCAGUCUAAACUCGACUGCGACUCUGAGUGCUACUUCCACCACUCCAACCACGACCAGUUAUCCAUCCUUGGUGGCCAAUUCUUCAGGUCUCGAUUUCCCAGGCAAACUGCUCGACUAUUAUGAUGUCAACUGCUACUGCAACAGUACACAAUUCCGCUCAGGUCUUGUCCAAUGCGUAGCAUCAAAUUGUCCCCAGGACCUGUCCAGCGCCGAGAAUUACGGCCAACAAUUCUGCACAUCGUCUCGUCAGUUUAACCUACCUCCUGCUCCAUCAUCUACAUCGCGCGAGCAGUAG